UGGGAGCACGCGGUGUUGGCACGUGCGGAGCCGGCGGAGGGCUGCGGGGCCCGGCGGCGAACGGGGAGAGCUGCUGGGCACCGUACCACUGUAGGAUGCUUCGCAAUGCCCUAGGAAAAGCCUGCCGGUUUCUGGGCUACACGGUGCAGUAUGGCUGCAUAGCACACUGUGCCUUCGAGUACCUUGGAGGGAUUGUUGUGUGCUCUGGACCUUCCAUGGAACCAACCAUUCAGAACUCUGAUGUUGUCUUUUCAGAGAACCUCAGCCGCCACUUUUACUGCAUCCAAAAAGGAGAUAUUGUAAUUGUCAAAAGCCCAAAUGACCCCAAAUCAAAUAUCUGUAAAAGAGUAAUUGGCUUGGAAGGGGAUAAAGUCUGCACAAGCAACCCUUCAGAUUUCCUUAAGAGUCACAGCUAUGUGCCUAAAGGACAUGUCUGGUUAGAAGGUGAUAAUCUCAGGAAUUCUACAGAUUCCAGGUGCUACGGACCUGUUCCUUAUGGGCUGAUAAGAGGACGCAUUUGUCUUAAGAUAUGGCCUCUGAAUGACUUUGGAUUUCUACGUGCAAGCCCCAAUGGCCACAGAUUUCUUGAUGAUUAAAAGACUUAUGUACUAUUGACUGUUUUCAUAGUAUUUUCUACUAAAUUGAAUGGAACUAUUUUUGCUUAGAAUAAACACAAAUAUUACUUGACAAA